AGUACAGCAGCACCAGAGAAAUGUUUGCUAGUUAGCAGCUGGUUAGCACGUUGUCCUGUGUGGGGUUUUUUUUUUUUUUUUUACCGAGCAGAUGACAAAUUACCCUUGAAUACAGCAUUAUUUAUAAGUUAAUGACUUUUUUUCGGGGACCCGGCUUGUCGAUAUCGGGGCAAUGUCGGACAGAAAGCGAGCAAGAGAGAAGGAAGAAAGACGAGACCACAAGAGACACAAGACAUCCAAACAGGAUUUGGAGAAACUCAAAACACACACGAAGAAACUCAACCAAGAAGUCCAAACACUGAAACACGUUGAGACAUUUUAUGAGAAACCUCCACCAGGAUUCAUAAAGGAGCAUGAGGACAAACCAGAGGACUGUAUUCCUGCUGAACCAGGAAAUGAAGAGGCCAGGACCUUCCUGGCAAAUGCCCCCACCAGGGGGCUGUGGAUGCCUCUGGGGAAGGAGGUGAAGGUGAUGCAGUGUUGGAGAUGCAAGCGCUACGGCCACAGGACAGGAGACAGGGAGUGUCCGUUCUUCAUCAAAGGCAACCAGAAACUGGAGCAGUUCAGAGUGGCUCAUGAAGACCCAAUGUACGACAUAAUUCGCGAAAACAAAAGGAAUGAAAAAGAAACCAGGAUCCAGCAGCUGCAGCAGCUGCUUCAGGACACCACUUCCUCCAAUUCAGACAGCUCCUCCUCUUCCUCCACCUCUUCCUCCUCUGAUCACCAUCGCGGCAAGAAAAGGAAAAAGAGGAAGGACAAAAAAAAGAAAGACAAGAAGAAGCGAAAAAGGAAACAAAAGCACAAGUCCUCCAAAACCAGUGACUGCUCAGAUUCAGAUUGAACGUUUGGAACAUGCUCACAUACGUACCCGUAUACUGCGUGGUUUAAACGUAGGAAAGAGACCGUGAAUGAAGUAGCACCAAUGGUAGGUCUCAUGCAGUAGUGAAGUGUGUUCUGGCUCAGUAAGAACUGCCCUCUGGAGACCCUUUUAAGUCUUUUCUCAACAGGUUGAAACCCUAAAACUAAAUCCCCAGUGCAUGACUUCUCUCCAGGAAUGACGACUUUGCAUUUACAUCCUCUCUGUUAAAUCACACAGCGCAGGAUCAUAUGGAACAGCUGCUUAAGUAAGCAUGUGCACGUGUGCCUUGGUGCAUAUGUGCGUCAAAGAGCAUUAGCUGCAUGGGUAAUGAUUCUAAAGUGAUAUGAAAUGAGACCGCUGGUGUAAGGGAUAAUGUUCUUUUACGGCGUCUAAUAAGAUAGCAUGUCAGCAAAUACAGUGUGUCAUUAAGAGAUUGUAUUUUCCACCAUAUUUUUAUUUCAUCCCUGCCAUCUCGCUGCUUUUAAAUACUUUGAUUGUAGAGUGUGCUAAACGCAGAGAGGUGGAAAAAAAAAAUCCAAAUUAGUAGUACAGUACAGUUAGAAUUUGUCUUCCACACAAGCCCGAAUGUUUGAAUGCUUGUGACUGUACAUAAAUAUUUUGAAUUAUUUGAGGUUGGAAUAUGCUUAUUUGUUCUGCAAAAAAAGCCACAGAGAUGGGGAAAGAAUGUAUGUGAAUGUGUUCCCUUAUUCUGAGAAUAAAGAUGUCUCUUUUUCUCCAA